GAAGCCUUCUACAAGUUAACGUUCACCCACGCCAGACAAAAUCCUAUUUGUACCCUUAAACAAGAGAAAGAAAGUACUUAUCUUGCCUGCUCCCUAGGACGACCUCUAUCACAAACUUUACACGGUUUAACAGGAAUCAUGGGUUAUUCUCGUAACAUUCGAGCGCAUGCCUUAUACUCUGAAACCUUUGGCGCAUCAAAGGUUGUAUCUACUUUGGAUGGAGAUGACGAAUAG